GGAUGAGAGACUGGCGGAAUUUAUAAAUAUAACCGGUCGACCCGAUUGGUAUUCCCUGUUGGUCUUCCUGGAAGAACGCCAGUUUGACCUGAUCAGAGCCGUCUACGAUUGGUAUGUCGAUGGCGUGCCCCCCUACACGGGCCAGCCACGGCGUAACAACGUCGCGAUUGACGGGAUGAGGAUGGGCACCGACGGUAAGAGAAUGGAGAAGCCAACACCAGAAGCUUGUGUACCACGAAAGGAUCCUGGUGGUGACGAUUCCGACUCUUCUUCUUGUUCUUCCUCCUCCUCCUUCUCCUCCUCCUCCUCCGGCUCCUCCAGCUCCGACAGCAAUUGGGGCAGUGAGCGAGACACUUUUCUCCCCUCCGACUCUGAUGAUGACUCUGAUGGCUCGUCUAAAUCCUCGUCAACACCAUCGUCCCCUUCCAGAGAUCGUGCAGACGGGUUUAUGAUCGAUGACUACCCAGACACUGCAAAGGCAUCGGCGACCAAUCCUCGGAGAUUUAUCAUGGAGUACAUUUCCAAAGAAACAUGUGACUUUGUUGAACUCCUGGUGGCGUCAAAACCAGGCGAGGGUCCUGAACGUCUCCAGGCGCGACAAAUCUCAGAAAUGGUCCGAAGAGGAACUUGCCCUCCUUUACGACUUGAUGAAGGAACUCCUGGAGGAAGAGAAGAAGGCCCACCCAAACAAGACCGAAGCCGAGCUCCUUCCUCUGACAGUUUCCAACGACAAGAAGAAAGAAUGGGCGACGCGAAUGAACGACAAAUUCGUGGGCAAGAUUCUGCCAGGCUCCAAGGAACCACGAAAGCCGCGCGAGGCUUCUGCUCUCAUGACUCAACGGGGUCGUACCAGAGCCAUCGUUGAUGACUUCAAGGUCCCCGAGGACAAACGCUAUUUCGCUAGAAUGGAGGCAUCUACCAAGAGAAAGCAGGAAAAGGCUAAGAAACAGGUGGGGAGCCCCGAGGCUCGGUCGCUUUCAGGCGAAGAAGAGGAAGAAGAGCCGGAUGUUACAUUGGGCGGCAAGACAGACGGAGACUCCCCUGCAACGCCACCUGCGAGAAGCUCUCCGGUGCCUCGUCUGUCGAGGACCCCCGAACCACCUGCGAAAGGCUCUCCAGUGCGUCGCAAGUCGAAGUCUCCCGAACCAUCUGCAUCACCCAUCGACACCGAAGGUCUCCAGGCGGCGGCCUUUUCAUACUUCAAUGACCAUGUGGACACAACCGAGAGAGACUUGGACCAACUUGGGUUCAGACGCGGUCAACAACAAUUCCCUGAAACUCUCCGAGACGCUUUGAUCCAGGAUGUGGAAGCAAACUAUCGAGACGGCAGCAUUGCUCCUGAGCUUCGAGAUGCGAUUCGUCAACUGAUCCAGGAACAGUAUCGAGCCAUGGACAACGAACGGCGUGCCAGUCAAGCACCGUCUGUCGGCCCUGUCUCGAGCGCUGGUGUGAAGCGCACGCACGACGACUCUGUGGGAGAAUCCGAGGACGGCGACGAAGGUCAGAAGAGACAGAAGCGCGAUAGCUCUACGGCCGUCGAUGAGCAGAUGGAAGUCGGCAGCAGCAUCAAUGACGACGACGAGGAGAAGAAGCAGCACGGAGAGAAGCGCAAACGUCAGGACGGGACAGACUCUGACGACGAUGAGGCGCGCAAGAAGCGCAAGGGUGAGUAAAACUCCGCAUGAGGCUGCCUUGCUCAGGGUAUAUAUCUGACA